AUGGCGCUACAAGUGUGGGAACUCCUAUCUAUGGAGAGCGGAGUACUCAUUGCUUCCACCUCCAUUUACGAGCUCAUGUCCUCCCUGCUUACAAUCCAAAACCUUCCUCCUUAUGGUGUGAUAAUACCAUUGUGGCCUUGGGUGUUGUGGAACUUAUGGAAGGCCAGAAAUCAUCUCUGUUUUGAGAACAGGAAAUUCUCUGCCAUAGAGAUUGUUACCAAAGCAAUUCGAGACGCUAUGGAAUGGCAAAAGACGCAGUUGGUAGACAAUCCUCAGAGUGCUGAUAAUGUUCACCGACGCCAACUACUGCCGGCGCUCCCGAGUUCUGCUACUCCCAAGUGUUAUGUUGAUGCGGCGUGGGAUGCCAGAACCGAAGCAUGCGGGCUGGGGGGGAGUCUUCAGUGGACCUCCAUCCUUUGA